UUCUUGCCUCUGACCGUCGAGACGAUGGAGCCGUCUCCUGAAUCCAUCAAGAAAGUUGUCAGGUUUGCAAGGGAAACUGGGGACUUGCAGACCCUUUCAGAUGUCGAUCUUAAACUUAUUGCACUGACAUAUAUGCUAGAGACCCAAAUCCACGGGACUAAUCAUCUUAGGGAUAGCCCCCCUCCACUUCAUGUGCUGAACGUGAAAAGCCUACCAGAAGCGCAAAUGCCUGGUUGGGGUAAUAAUGUGCCUAACUUAGCUGAAUGGGAAGCUCUUGAGCAGCUAACUGAAGGCGGAUUGAGCAAUGAAUCUCGGUUACUUCCUUUAAAGGACCUGAAUGGUAACAUUGUCCCGGAAAAUGGUUCUCUUUCCGAAAUGAGAGAUCAGGACGAAAAAGACCAGGCUGCUGGUAGAACAAGAAGGUUUACUUUCCCGAAGAAAGAGAUUAAACUUGAUGGAAAGAAGAUGGUAGCAGAUGGCAUCGAUGCUUCUCUUGGGGAAGACACUGAAAAUAAUGAUGAUUGGCGGCCUGCUGUUAGCCGUAGUACUCACAGGAGAUACCUGAGAAGAAAAGCAAGGCGUGAAUUAGCAAGCGCUUCUAAUGAAGAUGGCCAACCAUGUGAGGUAAUGGCAUGUGGGGAUACUUCAGUAACAGAAACUGAUGAUGUUCUGUCUGAAGAUGGAAAGUGUGAAGAUAAGCCUUCUGCUAAUGAUGAUACAGAGGGAAAUCUUGAAGAGUGUUGCAUUUCAUCUGCGCUAGAACAUAUGAAACUGGGUCAAGAUGUUUCUGAGCCUACUGAGGAGGUAAAAGAGCAGGACAUCACUGAUGUAAAUAUAGGAUCUGACCACCAGUUAAUUCUUGAUGGCACUUUAGAUGAUCUACCCGUUUCUCCAGAAGCAGAUGAGAACGAUCUGAACACAGAAGAAUUUGAUAAUUCUGAAAUAUCAAGUCAGACUGAUGGAAGUAUCGACACAUCUGCAGUUGAUGAUGCUAGUAGUGAACAGAGUUGGAUGCUUCGCUCCUUAUCUGACUCAAGUGUUGCUUGUGUUACUAGUGACUUUGCCAUGCAAAAUGUUAUUCUGCAGAUUGGCCUUCGUCUUUUGGCGCCGGGUGGGAUGCAAAUCCGUCAGUUGCAUAGAUGGGUGUUGAAAUGUCAUGCUUGCAACAAAGUGACGCAAGAAAUUGGACGAAUAUUUUGUCCUAAAUGUGGUAAUGGUGGCACCUUGCGCAAAGUAUCUGUGACGGUUGGUGAAAAUGGAGUUUUGCUAGCAGCUCGUCGCCAACGUAUAACUCUUCGGGGUACAAAAUUCUCACUUCCUUUGCCUCAAGGAGGAAGAGAUGCCAUCACUAAAGACAUGAUUUUGCGAGAAGAUCAACUUCCUCACAAACUUCUUUACCCAAAAGCAAAGAAGAAGACAAACAAGCAGGACCAGGAUUUCCUAUGUUCUGAUGACAUCUUUACCCACUGUGGCGAGAAGAGAGCUCCUCUAAAGCCUCCUGUGAGAAAAGCACUGGCAGUAUUCAGUGGAAAAAGAAAUCCUAAUGACAAUCAUUUCUCUCGUUCUAAGCAUUAAACUUCUUGGUUUCUUAUAUUAUUAUUUGUUUCCCUACUGUCAAAUCAAACAAGAGGAACUAGCAGGCAUUUUGUGAGUUGCUGUCAGUUGAAGUAUUCAUUCAUGCAGUCGUGUUUGAGUUUUCAGAUGGUAAGCCUCUGUAAUUCCUCUGAGCUUUUCUUAAAACAAUGCAUAUGAGAGUAAUAUCCUUACU